GAAAACUCAAGUAAAAAUAGCUUCAUAGUAAACUUACUCAAGUAAAAAAUACAAUGUAGUGAAAAUACUCUUGUAAAGUAAAUUUUUUACAAAGAACUACUUAAGUAAAUAUAAUUGAGAACAUAGCUAGCUAGCCUGCAUAUUGGGAAGUUAUAAAAAGUGUAACAAAGGAAGAUGCACGCUAUUAUAUAUGUUACUAAUAUUCUCUAUUGUUCUACAGGAUUGUUUGCUAAACGAGUUUCUUCUGAGGGAGAAGAUGUCUCUGAAAGAAAUGGCUCCGUCGUCCUCCAUCAUCCCCCUGCGCUCUGACGAACAUCAGCAGAGUAUUCUGAGCAAAUUCGACAAGCUACGGAAGAAAGACCUGCUUUGCGACAUAACUCUAGUGGUGGAGGACGUGCACUUCAAGGCUCACAAGGCUCUGCUGGCAGCCAGCAGCGAGUACUUCUCCCUCAUGUUCACCGCAGAGCAGCCGGUCCCGCGGUCCACCUACAGGCUGGACGGCAUGGCGGCGAAGACGUUCGGCGCGGUGCUGGAGUUCAUCUACAGCGCCCAGGUGUGUGUGGAGGAGAGCUCCACGGAGCAGCUCCUGGCCACAGCUCAGAGGGUAAAGGUCAGCGAGCUCGUCCAUGUCCUCACUGAACUCACAGACUCCACAGGCACGAAGGAUGAGAAUACGCCAGACAGAACCGAGGCAGCGGACCCGUCGAAACGCAAACGAGGGCGGCCCAAGAAAAGCGCAGGUGGACUCCGUGACGGCUCAGACGAUGUCCAGGCUGCAGACGGUGACCCUGCCGAAGACCACAACACCGGACCUGGCCAGAGGCGUCAAAGCAAACGCAGGAUAAGGACGCCGGUUAAAUACAAGGGCUACAGGAUCAGCGGUGACGGAACAGGAAGCAAAGAGCUGGGGGGGAGGGGCUACAUGAGGAAGUACCCCAACACCGAGGCGCGAUGCGACGACUGCGGGAAAGUCUUCAAGCACCAUCUGUUUUUAAAGAUUCACCAAAGAACUCACACCGGAGAGAAACCAUUCCACUGCUCCGUCUGUGGGAGGAGCUUCAGUCAGAAGCACACCUUGCUGGCUCACCAACGCAUUCACACGGGGGAGAAGCCGUUCGUUUGCAGCAUCUGCUCAAAAGCUCUUUCCACCAAACACUCCCUGCAGGAGCACAUGAACCUCCACGAAGGGGAGAAAUCCUACAACUGUGAUAAAUGUGAAAAGACCUUCACUCAAAAGAAACAACUGAAAAGCCACUACAGAGUUCACACAGGUAAAUCGUUACCAGAAUGUGAUCUGUGUCAUCACAAGUUUAUGGAUGCAGCUCAGCUGAAGAAGCACCUUAGAACUCACACAGGUGAGAAGCCUUUCACUUGUGAAAUCUGUGGCAAAUGUUUCACAGCCAAGAGCACGCUGCAGACACACAUCAUGAUUCACAGAGGUGAGAAGCCGUAUAAAUGUAGCAUCUGUGAGAAGUCUUUCUCAGACCCCAGCGCCAGGCGGCGCCACAUCGCCUCCCACUCUGGGAAGAAACCCUUCACCUGCUCCUUCUGUGGCCUGUCCUUUACCCGGCCAGACAACCUGAAAACGCACACAAAGUCUCACAACAAGGAGAGACCCGCCGCCACGGCGACCGAGGCCUCGCCAGCCGCUCCGCCAGAGGAGCCGCGCAACGUCCUCCAUCUGCAGCCGUACCAGCCGGCGCUCAGCUCUGAGCAGGAGAUCCAGCUGGUGGUGGCUGGCGGGGUGAACAACAUCAACUUUGUUCCGGGUCAGGAUCAGGAGAUCAGCCUGGUCGCCGCUGACGGAGAGACGACGCAGUCGGCCCACUCCAGGGUCACCCUCCUGGCCCAGCCGGCGGGGCCGAUCCAGAACCUGGCGCUGGUCGCUCAGGGAGACGCCGCGGCCCACGCCCCACAGGUUCACUCCAUCGGCAUGUUGGAGAGCCACCAGCCGGAGCAGAUGCACGUCAUCACCCUGACUAAAGAAGCCAUGGACCAGCUGCAGGCCCACCACGGCCCGCCACAUCCUCUGCAGAUAGCGCGGCCCCUCCAGGUGAUGCAGCAGCAACAGCAGCUGGCCGUGGCGCAGGAGAGCUCGCAGGUUCACAGCCAGGCCAUCCACAUCAGCAGCCAGGUCAGCCAGCCGAUCUCCAUCAGCCAGACCACCGAGCAGAUCUCCAGCCACCACAUCCAGGGGCAGACGUUCCAGAUCCAGGCCGGGACCGUGUCAUACCUGUACACCACCGGCCUUCCCCAGGACGGCUCAGAGGAAUGCAUUCUGCAAACUAAGAUGUGAAGGUGCUAACAAACCGAUGCUGCUUUAAAAAAUGUCUUUAAAAGUCUUACAUUUUGAGACGGAUCAGAAAGUUGGCCAGUGCUCAGAACAAAAACGAAUUGGAACAUUUUACCUGUUUAGCUCAUCGAUAAUAAUAAUGCGAAGACCUUCUUAAAUGUUAAGAUUACACUAAAAGAAUGGAGACUCCUAAUCUUAAUCAAUGAGAAGAUUACCAAAAGGUGUCUCCGCACCCUUAAACAGUCUUAAAUUGAUGUGUCUAAAAUUAAGGCCUUAAAAUGUUCUUAAAUUUAUUGAAAAACAAUAAACUAUGAUGAAAUACAUUCAUCACACGUCUUAAAUUUUGUGGUGGCAAAACAAUUUAUCUCAUAUAUAUCAUGGAAUUUAUUUUUUUCUUCCAGGACUUUAUUGUUGUGUAAAACUGAGACUUGUAGACAUUUUCAUUGCGUGACUCAGGCUAGCUGCUAAUAUACCCUUGCUAGCUACUACCUUGCUAGCUAGCUAGCUGUAGUACCUGGCUAGCGAGCAAGGGGGCUCGGUAGCCAGGAACUGUCUAGGUUUUAAGCAUCUAUCAUGGGGAAGUGCUAAUUUAUCUGGACGAUGUUCAUCUUAGCCACUGGCUCACUUCCGUUCCUAACCGAUAUUGUUUAUUUAUUUGUGAUUUAAUUUUGUACAUCUCUGUCUUGGAUCAAGUCUUAUGUUCUAUUCAUAAUAGUUUAAAAAAUGUCUUUAAAUGUCUUACAUUUGAGUUGGUGAAACCUGCAGAAACCCCGUGUUAUUAAUAAGCUUUGUAUCAUUUGACCUACUUCCCCAACAGUCAGAUUUUGGGUAGAAACUGAAAUGAUCAAUUUGGCUAAUGACUCUAAAUAUGUUUUUGUUUUUUUUCUUUAAAGUUGUGAUUAGCAGAUGUUUUAAAAGUUAAAGGGCUGUAUUUUGUUCUCAUGUGGAUACACUACUAAGGGCUUGUUCUUUGUUUGCUCUUUAUAUGCAGACGCUGUCAUUUUCUCAGUUGUAACAGAUAAACUAAACAAUACAAUGGUAGAACUCAGAGCUUAAAUCUUGUAUGGAAAAAUGUUUAUUUGUAAGAAAUAAUUGGAUGUGAUUUGAAAGACAACACAAAAGUCUUUACAAGAAAAUAAUGAUGCCGUAAAUUAAUAAAUAUAAACAUUUAAAUGUUUAUAUUAAAAUGUAUAGAAGCAAAUAUAUAUAGAAUGAAAGACGUAGCCUGAAAAUGAACAAUGAAAAUAAAAUCUUUGUACAGUGCCUUACAAAAUAAUUCAUUACCUUUUUCUGUCUUUUUUUUUCUUUUUCUUUACAUUAUAACCACGAUCAUCAUUGUAUUUAUUGGGUUCUAUGUGAUUGACCAAGCAAAAGUGGUGCAUAAUUGUAAAA